AUGUUGUGGCUCCUCGACGUGGUGGCUGCCCUCAUGGAGGUGUCCCUCGGGGCGCUUUCGGUGGCGGUGCACGUCAAUAACCCCUUCAACGGGCUGAUCGCGACGAUGGCGGCGGCGCUGUGGUUGCUAGCCGUGGUGCUGUUGCUGCUGUUGGUGCUCAAAUACGUGGCUCGCCCCCGCUCCCCCUGGUGGAGCCAGGCGGUGCUUGUGUGCCAGUUAGUGGCUUUCGCCUUCUUUGUCAUUGGUGGCAUUGUCAUGAAUGCCACCGUCUUAACGGCGUGGCGCAUCGACCAUCUCCACUAUAAUAAGAUCUUCCUGGUGUUCUUUACUUUAAUCGUCGUCAUUGUCGGUUACACGACUUUGCCGUUACCAAAACACAUGUUAACCACAAUGUCAGCUUCAGACCAAUCGUCGUCAGAUGAUAGUGAUAAGCUCAGCCUUGCUAUUACUCCCGACCUCGAAAAACAACACCAACAACAAAAGCAUUCCCGCCAGCAUCAACAGCACCAAAACCACCAGACUCGCAUGGCGCUGGCGGCUACCCAAUUACGCCAGCCAGUACCCAUUCCCCUGCCGCCAACGACUAAUCCCUUAGGCAGCAAUUACAACAAUAUUGACGACUACGAAGUUGAACCGGGAUUCGAUAUCUAUCUCCCGCUGGACCGGCGCCACGCUUCGGGAGAUACCGACUACGACCGCUACAACUCGCUCUUCGACCUGGGCAUCCCCGACCGCCACAGCCCUCAUCAUACACUGCCUGGUCAACAACGCCAGGCUCGUCCCACUACCAAUUUGGCAGCGCUGCCGAUGCUGCCCCACAAUUGGAGCUUACCACUGUCCAACACCAGUCCCAUGCUGUUACCUCCCAGCAGCAAUCUGAGCCACCUGCCCAUCCGCAAGAUGCUUUCGCAUACGGCCAAACACGGUCACCUGAACCUGGUGCUGACACUCAAAGGUUAUUUGACGGGUAAAACGAAACACCAUAAGAAGCUGAGCCUGGUACCGACUACACACUCAUACAACUCGUUUGGCUCGCUGUUGACUCUGUACGGUGGUAUUAGUGGUGUAGGUGGUGGUGGUGGCCAUAUAGGGAAGAAGGCGCCGGCGCCACCCUUACCAUUAGCGGUAUUGGCCCCUCCCGGAGGCAUCAGCUACCACCAUAUGGUCCACCACUCCGACAGCACUACUUCCAGAGGGACGACGCUGGCGUCGGACCUGAUCGAGUUCUGGGACGACGACAAUCUCCCGCUGCCGCUCCUGUCGCACCUGCCGGUGCCGCUGGAGCUUCAGUGGGCUCCUGGUGGCAAUAACGACUCGCUGCGGAUUCUGCUGUUGCCAUCACAGGUGAUUGGCGAGUACGAUAAAGAGAAGUGGGACACGAUCAAAGCGUUAAACGGGGCGGCGGCGGUUGCUCGACUGAGUCUGAAGCAACUCCGCCCCGUGCUCACCAACGCGAGCCGCAACUCUACGUGA